AUGGCUAACAUGAACGGCGACGAGAAGAAAAUACCCCAAAAGACCCGUGAGGUCAGCAACCAUCACAUGGACUCUACAGUCUGGAAUGAUGUUAAGCUCAGAUCAGAUGAUAUCAUCAUCUCGACCUACUCCAAAUCAGGAACAACAUGGGUGCAACAAAUCGUAUCUCAGCUCAUUCAUGAAGGUGACCCAACCGUUGCAGCAGGCGCUUUAUCUCCAUGGGUUGACAUUCGCAUUGUUCCCAGAGAGGUCAUGCUUGAAAUGGUUGAGGCUCAGACACACAGGCGAUUUAUGAAGACACACUUGCCCGUCGACAGUCUCGUGUGGGAUCCUAAAGUCAAGUACAUCUUCAUUGCCCGCGACGGUCGAGACAUGAUUUGGAGUCUUCACCACCACUUCUAUACUGCAACACCCACCUUUUACAGCUUUUUCGAAAACACUGGCAUCACUCCCUUUCAACGACCCAGUGAGAACCCUAGAGAUAUGCUGAUAGAUCUCAUCGAAGACGAUAGCCGUCCUACAAUUUGUUGGCCUUUUUGGAGCCACAUUCGAGGAUGGUGGGAACGUCGUGACCAGCCCAACCUCAUGCUGGUUCACUUCAACGACCUUAAGAAGGAUCUUGAGGGAGAGAUUCGCAAGAUUGCCAAGUUUCUUGAAACUCCAGACAUGCCUGAGGACAAGUUCAAAGAUGUCGUUGAGCACUGUACCUUUGACUGGAUGAAGGAACAUGCAGAGCUAGCUGCGCCGCCUCAGGCUGCAGUGGCAUGGGAGAAUGGUGCCAAAGACUUUGUGAACAAAGGUUCGAAUGGAAGAUGGAGGGAUGUGUUGUCUGAGGAAGAUAGCAAGAGGUACUUGGACAAGGCGAGAGAGGAGCUUGGGGAAGAGUGCGCGAACUGGUUGCAGAAUGGUGGCUCGUUCAAGUAA